AUGAAUCGGGCGAUAUUAGAUUUUUUUUUUGACGCCUGGAUUAUUGAUUCACCAAUUAUUGGUAUAGGCAAUUUGAAAAAAAAAAUCAAAUAUUCUAUGAGAACAAAUUUAAAUUUACGUCUAUUAUUUGUUAAUGAAAUGAUGAAAUUAAUUAAACGUUAUGUUAUUAUUUUCUCUUUAUUUUUUUGUUUAUAUAUUAUUAUUGUUUAUAAAAAUCGUCUCUUUCCAUCAUUUAUAUUUGGUAAAUUUUAUUUAUUAUCAACAGAUAAAAAUUUUACCGUAAAAUUAAAACAAUCACAAUAUUAUUAUCAAUCUAAAACAAAUCCAAAUAUUAUAUUAUAUGAUGUUAAACAAGAUAAUCCAUGGAAAUUUCAAUGUCCAUUCACAAAAUAUAAAGAAUCAGAUAUUUCAGAUGUUCGAAUUUGUAUAUAUGAUCCACAACAUGACGAACAUAUUAGUGGACAAUUAAAUGACUAUGGAAAAUGGGAACCAGUUGUUGUAAGAAGUUUUUUAAGAUUAUUACGUACAAUUCCGAAUACUCAUGUGAUCGAUGUUGGUUCAAACAUUGGUCUUUAUACAUUGCUUGCUACUCAAUUAGAUCGUCAAGUUCUCUCUAUUGAACCAUUGUAUGAUAGUCUAAUACGUUUACAUAAAUCAAUUCAAUUAAAUAAUGUUGAACAUUUAGUUACGGUAAUUGCAAAUGCUAUUGGAAAUAAACAUGAAAAAUUACAAUUAAAUAUUGUUGAUAAAAAUAUUGGUGGCUCUUAUUUGUCUAUACUGGAUGAUAUGAAAGUUAACGCAGUACAAGAAAGAGAAAUUGUACCAAAAAUAUUAGCUGAUGUCGAUACAAUUGUUUUAGAUGAUUUAGUUGAUAUUUAUCCGUCCUAUUUUAAACGUGCAAUAUUAAAGUUGGAUAUUGAAGGUUUUGAAGCCUAUGCAUUUCAAAAUGCCACUAUUUUAUUUAAUAGAACAGAAAUACCCGCUGUUUAUAUGGAAUUUGGAAAACUAAUUGAAUUGAAAUAUUCAUCUGGAAUGAUGGAGGCAAUUAAACAUAUGAUCGAUUUUCUAAGAAUAAGAAAUUAUGAACCGUAUGAAGUGAAUGAUUUAAAUCAUUUAUUAUUUGACAAUUGGGAGAGUUGGCCAUGGGAUAUCGUGUUUAAACGAUGUGAUCUAUGUAGAUGUCCGGGCUUGGAUAAAGCAGUGGGAUUAACAGAAUAA